AUGACAAAUCCUUGUGAGCAUAGUAAUGUUAACUCUGUGGUGACCAGAAGUGGUAAGUCUACUAAGAAACCGGAAGAAAAAAUUGCAGAAGAAGAUGGGUUGUUGGAAGUCGAGUUAGAAAUCAAAGAACCUAAGAAAACGAAGGAGGAUGUUGUGAUAAUGCCUAUAGUGGAGAAGGAGAAGGAAAAAACUGUCAAGCCAAUUAUUAAACUUCCUUAUCCUCCGAGACAAAAGAAGAAAGACCAACAUGAGAAGAAUUUUGAGAAGUUUUUGGAGAUGUUUAAGAAACUUGAUAUAAACAUUCAAUUUUCUGAAGCUCUGAAGCAAAUGCCAAUAUAUGCCAAAUUCAUGAAAGACAUCAUCUCCAAAAAGUGCUCCACAAAUAUAUACCCAAUCAUCCUCACUAAAACUUGCAGUGUUAUUCUCCAAGGUAUGAAAAAUCCUGUGAAAAAGAAAGAUAGGGGUUAUGUUACUAUUCCUUGCACUAUUGGUGAUAGAAAUUUCAAGAAGGCUCUGAUUGAUUUGGGAGCUAGUGUGAGUUUGAUGUCUCUGUCCAUUUACAAAAAAUUGGGCCUUGGCACCAUUCAAGACACUAGGAUGACUCUUCAAUUUAAAGAUCGUUCAGUUAGGUAA